AUGGUUUCUAACGAUGGUUCUCACAAAUCCCCGCUCGUUUCAUUGAUCGCAGGAGGAACAGCAGGCGGUGUGGAGGCCGCAAUCACUUAUCCGUUUGAAUUCGCCAAAACUCGCGUCCAGCUGCAUGAAGACACGCCCACGCGCAACCCGUUCCGCGUGAUCAAGAACGUUAUUGAAGUGGAAGGUCCGCGCUCCUUGUAUAAGGGAUGCGAGACUCUCGUAGCCGGAACUGUCCUUAAGGACGCGAUCCGAUUCAUCUCCUUCGACAGUAUCAAGAUGGCAUUCAAGGACCCCGAAACCGGCACUUUGUCCCCAGCCAGGAAUCUGCUCGCUGGCAUCACGGCAGGCGUUGUCGCAAGUACAUUCGCAGUAACGCCGACAGAGCGUAUUAAGACGGCCCUGAUUGACGACGCCAGACACGAAAAGCGCUUCCGCAACCCGUUACAUGCGACCGCGACAUUAGUGCGCGAACACGGACUCGUUCGUGCAUUGUAUCGCGGGUACGUGACGACGACGCUCAAACAGGCGUCCACCACGGCCGUCAGGCUCGGCACGUAUAAUAUUCUGAAAGACUUUGAGCGGUUGCAGAACAUUCCGCAGACGACAGCGACGACGUUUGCGAACGGCGCGGUCGCCGGGACCGUGGUCGUGCUUGGCACGCAGCCAUUCGAUACGCUGAAGACACGUGCGCAGAGCGUUAAGGGGGCUGGUGUCGUGGAGGCGCUCAAAAGUGUCGUGGCGGAUUAUGGCGUCCGAGGGCUUUGGAGAGGGAGUACGAUGAGGCUGGGCCGGACGGUGCUGGCGGGUGGGAUUUUAUUUACGACGUAUGAGUGGGUAGCAGCGUUGAUACAGCCGGUGUUGGAAAAGAGGUUGGUUAUUGCGAAGUCGGAGUGA